UGGGCACAUUCGCAACCUGACAUGGGCCCGAGACGACAAGCCAGAGUUAGGACAGAGCAAGGCAAUUUCUGAUUCAUGUGGCCCGACUUCUGAAUCUUUCCAUCGAUAUUCUCGACAUUGCCGCCUCUGGGGCAUUAGAAAUUCGCUCGCCGCUUGCUGCCCAAUUUGGCGGUCAACAUCGUUCUCCAUACUUCACCGCUAAGGUUGCUCCCGAUCCCUGUCCCGACUGCAUGAGGUUCCUCUCACAAUGAACCCACCCGACCAUCUGUCACCAUCGCGCCCAGCGGCUUAACAGUAUCAGUCUGUCUGCUUUGCAGAAGGGAGCAGAAGGCUUCAUCAUCUGCGCCGUCUGUCCCAAUUGUUCCGCCUCAGUCCUCUGAAGCCUAGUUCCAGAGCGAGAUUGAGUGACGAAGGCGGCCUUGAUGGACUAUGUGGACUUUUCCCGGGGCCUGCCCGAUAACCCGGCGCAGGCCCGUCGGGCUAUUGCGGCCGCUGCACUUGCGAAUCCAACACCGCCUCCCCCAGUCCCGAGCCUUCGAGAUGUCCCGUCGACUACGAAUCUCUCGGCGGGCCAGCCUGUCUCGCCCAGCCAGGUGCUUGCCAUGGCGAGAGAGGCGAUGCGGGUGGCCCACGAGAACGAGGCCAAGGCCGCCGAAGCCAGCGGAGUCAGCGACACGCUCAAGCCCGGCCUGACCGUCGACCUCAGCAGGAGGAAGAUUCAGACACUGCCCGAGGAGGUGGUCGACAUAAUAAAGGACGAACUCGAGCGUCUUGCACUGUCGCACAAUUACUUGCAGACCUUUCCGGCCAGGUUCUCCGAAUGUACAUCCUUGCGAUAUCUCAACGUCAGACAAAACAGGAUCAAGGAGUUUCCUCUUGCGCUCUGCGAUUUGAAGUCUCUCGAGAUUCUCGAUCUGGGCCGGAACAUGCUGCAAGUCCUGCCGCCGGAAAUCGUCAAGCUGUCAUCACUCAAAGUACUCUCGAUACCGAAAAACAAGAUCACGCACCUCCCGCUCUGCUUCGCCGACAUGCCGUCGCUGUCGGUGGUGAAGUUCGAGGGCAACCCGCUGAAGUUCCCCCCCCCAGAGAUACUGCAAGUCCAGGGAACUGGCGGGCAGGGCGAUGGACCUGGCAAAGAGAGCGAAUUGACGGAAGUCGCCGCAACGGCGCUGAUCAAGAAGUUCUUAAAGCAGGAAGCCAGCGGGCGGGCGGAAUCUCCGGCGGACGGCGUGUCCGAGGGCAUCGAAACACCGCGGCCAACGAUCAAGCGAGUCUUUAGUGGCAGAUUCCCGAUCAAAGUCAACGGCAACGAGAUCUCUGACCUCAGAUCGCCCGCUCUGCCGCGGCCCCCACCAAUCCCGACUCGCUCCCAUUACCGUGGGCUCUCGCAGCAGAAUACUGCGCAGCGCAGGCCAGGAGUCAUGCCGCUUACUAUUGGUAACCCGAACGAACGGGUUCGCAGCAACUCAGAAACCAUCAUCCAGACCUCGAGCCGAGAUAGAUCCGAAAGCAGGUCGCGCCGCAUGGGCAUGGUGUCCAAGAGGUCAGAGCUCAGCACACUGGAGGAAAUUGACGUGAACAACCGGUUCAGCCAUUACCGUGGGUUGAGCCAUGGUUCAGCGAUGCAGGGCAAUGGAGCGGCCAUGCAGGUAAAAAGCCCCAACCAAGGGAGCCCGGCUGAGCCCGCUUUACAACGGCCUGUCUACAUCCGCAGACUCUCCGUUCUGCCCGAGCGGCGCCGCGAAUCCAAGGGAUUAGACCCUGUUCUAGAAGCCGCCAAAGGCGUCCUUUACUCCAUCUUCCAGAUUCAUCCCAUGAUCCAGACGCUGGUCGGCCUGACAAACGACGGGACGUCGAGACGAUCCAACCUCGAGAUUGUGGUUUACAACACCAAUGCGCAUGUCGAACAGCUGGAGCUGGAGAUCCAGAGACAUGAGCAGGCAGACGAGGGGUUUGGCCAGAAGGAGAAUGAAAACGUGCAGCGAGCUUGCCUGACGCUCAUCAACGCCUAUACACAUGUCUCCUCGCUGCUUAUGAGCAACGUUGACCUGUUCCUGGACAAUGGCGACCCCCGAUACAUCCGGACUCUGUUACUGCAGCUCUACAAUAGCAUUAUGGAGCUGCGCGUGACCUGUUCUCAGGUCGCCCCAGAAAGCAAUCAUCGGUCGGUUCCUUCCAUCAGUCGGUCUGAUCUAGGCGAGACCAUCCGGCCGUAUUCCCGCGAAAGCUCGGUAGCGCCAACUGCCGACCGGCCCAUCAACGGUAGGUCGCGGAACGGUACCUUCGUCUACAAUCCGAGCAAUCUACGGGUUGCGACAGACGUCUCAAUGCCGUAUGUCAACAGCUCUGGCCGCUCGGCGAUGGCGGGCGCUCCGACGCCCCGGUCUGGGGAGUCUUUUGCCUCCACCAGCACCACGGGCAUACGCAAUCUCUCGACAGAUUUUACCGAAGAAGACCGCAUCUUCGAGAGGAUAUUCCUCUCGCUACAGAAAACAACGGAGCUGGUGAUGCGGGUGUUGCCCACCAUGAAUACGCAGUUCAUGUCCUCCAUGCGGACUGCCGCCGCGCAGCGCUCACUGGACCACCUGACUCAGUGCUGGAGAGCGCUCGUUACUAAGUGUAGCACGUCGAUUCAGCAGACCGAGGUGCUCAAGGCCCGGCUGUCCUCCAUCAAGCUCAAGGAGCCCGGCAUCCGGACGCAGCCGUCCUUCUGGCGCCUCUGCAACAGCUUCCUCGAGUCGUGGUACGUCCUGAUCCGAAAAAUCAUGCAGCUGCAAAACGACGUCCAGCUGCCCCUCGACACCAAAGCCCGCCUCCGCCCCAUUCAGCAGAGCAUGAAAGAAACGUGCGACCUGAUCAUGUCUUCCCCCUGGUCCUACUUCCUCCGCCAGCCGGGGUCCGACCCCAUCAACUCCCCAUACAGCACCGCCAGCAACAGCGCCCAAACCACCACCGCAGUCCAGCUACCCAUGACCCCGCAGAGCGCGGCCCUGGGGCCGGCCGUCCAGGCCACGGUGCCGUCCACUCCGCAGAGCGCCUCGUUCUCGCUGGCUUUCUCAGGCGUGUUUGAGCGUGACCGGUCCGACACGAUGCUCUCGUCCAUGGGCGGCGGUGGAGGAGGGGGAGCUAGCAUGGGUGGUGGGACUGGAUUUGGUGGGGGCGGAGGCGCCAUGUCACGCACGGGAACUAUGAAUUCCAGCUCGACGGCGAGCUUGACCACGGCCAGUCUCAACUCGAUGAGUAGCGUGGGCUCAUCGCAUGACGGCAUUGUGACGCCGUCUUCAGCGCUGAGUCCAGGGGCUGGACCGUUGGGGAUGUUACCUUUUAGGUUGAAUGGGGGUGGGAAUAUGAAGGUUGGGGGGUUUUGAGGGGCAGUUCUCGUCGAAUGCGUAGAGAAUGUUGGAUGGGAUGGUUGGGCUGAGGUAUCUGGGAUAUCUUGGCUGGAGUCAUGGGUUUUGAAACUGCGAGUCUUACGCGGCGUGUCUUUGUUACGGUGCAUGGCGUCUGGGCAUGGGGGGUUGGUUGCAUAGGAUAUCCACGACGUCUUGUGAGUUGGAUGCAUGGUUGGACGGAUAUUGGUGCAGUCUUGAGUGAGGGCCGAAUGACUGGCCUGGAAUUGUUUGAGAAAUCGAACAUUGCUUGAAGUGAUGGUCCCUGUGUUCUUGAUAC